UGAACCUUACCUCGCCGAUCCAGUCGAUCAUACACUCAUAUCAAUCGCAAAAAUGGUUAAAUCAGUCUUGGCUUCCGCUCUCUUCGCCGUGUCCGCACUGGCUGCCAGCCGUACCACGGCUCCCUCCGGCGCGAUCGUCGUCGCCAAGUCUGGUGGUGACUACACUACUAUUGGUGAUGCCAUCGAUGCUCUGAGCACCAGCACCACCGACACCCAGACCAUUUUCAUCGAGGAGGGUACCUACGAUGAGCAGGUCUACCUUCCUGCUAUGACUGGCAAGGUGAUCAUCUACGGCCAGACCGAGAACACCGACUCGUACGCCGACAACUUGGUCACCAUCACCCACGCCAUUAGCUACGAGGCUUCGGGUGAGAACGAUGAUCUGACUGCCACCUUCCGCAACAAGGCCGUCGGCUCUCAGGUCUACAACCUCAACAUUGCCAACACCUGUGGUCAGGCUUGCCACCAGGCUCUGGCCUUGUCCGCCUGGGCUGACCAGCAGGGAUACUAUGGCUGCAACUUCACCGGUUACCAGGAUACCCUCCUGGCUCAGACCGGUAACCAGCUCUACAUCAACUCCUACAUUGAGGGUGCUGUUGACUUCAUCUUCGGCCAGCACGCUCGUGCCUGGUUCCAGAACGUCGACAUCCGUGUCGUUGAGGGUCCUACCUCUGCCUCCAUCACCGCCAACGGCCGCUCCUCCGAGACUGACACCUCCUACUACGUGAUCAACAAGUCGACCGUUGCUGCUAAGGAGGGCGACGACGUUGCCGAAGGCACCUACUACCUUGGCCGCCCCUGGUCCGAGUACGCUCGUGUUGUCUUCCAGCAGACCAGCAUGACCAACGUUAUCAACUCCCUCGGCUGGACUGAGUGGUCCACCUCCACCCCCAACACCGAGUACGUCACCUUCGGCGAGUACGCCAACACUGGCGCCGGUUCCGAGGGCACCCGCGCCAGCUUCGCCGAGAAGCUGGAUGCCAAGCUCACCAUCACGGAUAUCCUGGGCUCUGACUACACCAGCUGGGUUGAUACCUCCUACUUCUAAGCUGGACGCUUGGGUAGUUGUUGAAGAUGCGUGAGAUGGCUGUCAACCAACAGCAGAGCUGACCGUAUGCGGCGCAUAUACUUUUCUCUUCGUCAAAUAGUUCCCCUUUGAUAAACCAAUUUAAUUGGCAUGCACAGCCCAUGCUUGACACAAUACUCUGACACGACCCUGUUGUAAACCUCCCAUCAAUCCAAUUUCACACAGACGGCAGCAUAAUUCAGUACCCGGGCCCCAUAUCAGACAACCUUAGCUCGAGCAACUC